AGCUUAGUUGCCUUAGCUGACCUCUACCCUUCAAAAGCAUGUAUCACCUCGGUCUCAACCCCUGACACCAUCUGAACUCACACCUCACAUACUCGACGCCGGCAUGCGACGGGGGGUCUACUCACUCCAGGGUGCGACCGCUCCCCGGGGAGACCCCGGCCCCUCCUCAUCGGCCUAUCGCCAGCAGCAACAGCAUCAGGGACUGUCAUCGUCGCCCUUCCCGACCUCUGCGUCUCGCGUGACAUCUCACAACGCAAGUCGUACUCUGCUCCUUCCACCAAGCAUAUCCGAGGCGGACCAGACUUCGCUGCUACGUCUACCCAUUGGCAAAGAUACCACUGUUGAAGCAAAGAGUUGGACGUACAAGGUCUCGCCUGAUCAGUCCUCUGGCACCAAGGCAGCCCAAGCUCACAUCCUUGCUCUACGUCGCCUGUCUCUCGCCGAAGGUCGCCUCUUCGCAUGGAGAACUCGAAAGAGGCGAGCUAACAGGACGGACACGGGGCAGGACGGCUUGUUUAGCUGCCACAACUCGACACUGUACAGCACGUCAACCUUGUCCAAGGAGGAGGCUCGAGCGAUCACUGAGACUAAAUCAGGCGAUUCUGCCGUUCUUGGCAAGCGCAAAGGUCCCGAAGUAGCCAAUGAAGAGGCCCAGGGCCAAGAAAGCGCCACGACCAGCGCCGUCGGGGAGGAAGGCUCAUCACGAUUGAUGAUUCGCACCUUCAUCCUCAGGUCCGAAUCGAAGGACUUAGGUCCAGAGAACAAGACAGCAGAAGUCGAACAGGGUGCUAAGGCUGCUCCGACUCCCUCACCUCUAGCUGAUCCCAAGGCAUCUCCAGAAGACGAUCUGUGGGGUGAAGGCGGCGAUGCCUCUCCAGAAGGAGGUGACGAUGCAGAGCGAGAGUCUGCUCUACGUGAGGAAGUCGCUGCGUGCCGUCAGUCGCUUAACGAGGUGUUACAGCGCAACGAAAAAGAUGCGGCAACGCAGAGUGGUGGCUCAACCUUCAAUUUGCUCCUCCUGCUUGAGCCCAAGUCCGGCUCGAGAGAAUCUAUACGCUUCCUGCAGACGCAGCUGGACGUCUGUUUCAGGCUGGCUCUACGGGCCAAAGUGGCGGAACAUUGCGUCUUGAGUCGCGCUCUGGAUCUGGAAGCUCAACUGAGCAAGAGCGAAGAGGUGGACGCGUCUGUCGGGAGUGAAACAGUGAGACCACAGCAGGCAGAUACCACGACUUCAAAACGAGCCGAGACCGCCGGGGCCGAGGAAGAUGGCGAAAUUCCCGACGCUGCCGACGAAACGAUGCAACAGCCUCAAGCAUUGCCUCAACGUCCCAGCGCUCCUCUCCGAAGGCUGAUGGCCAUGGACGGAGGUCUGUUACUGCUCCCGCGAUCAGCUUUCUCACAGGCUGUCGAGCCUACAGAGGCUUCGCUCGCGAUAGAGCAGGAGCCAGUCAUCUUUGUUCGAAUCAACGCUUCGCGAUCAUGGGGUCAAGAGGACAUCACCAAUGCUGCCUGGAACGUUCAGCUGAAACCAGAACAUCUGGAGUGCGUCUAUGCAUUGCCAGAGCGGGGAUCGAUGGUCUUCCUCGCGCCUUGGGGUGUUCGCGCCCUGGUGGUAGAGACUGAUCUAGACGAUGAGGCUGAGCUUAGAGGUCUUGAAGGCGCGGAGAGACUGAAAUUGCUCAAAGGUCAACUGAGCGAGCGCUUCGAGCUCGAAACAGGCAUAGAGAAGGAGCGCUUUCUCGAUGACACUUGGAUCUCCCUCCUGGAAGAGUCUCCCGCAAACCAUUCUCCUUCGAGUCAUGAGGCUGUUGCAGAGAGUCGUGAGAUCCUAUGGCCUCGCUCGCUGUGCUUUCCUCUUCCAAGAACCUCGUCGAAUGUCUCACAACGAUGUUCCAGCAGUUGGACUCUGGGUGAGAUAGGCAGUGGGCAGUCAAACACCAAAGUGUGCCACACACCCAUCGGAGAUCUGCUCAGGGCAACGGUCAAGAUGGUAGAGGAACAAAACAAGGAGAGGUCUGAACGAAAAGUGACCGAUGAUGAGCAACACAAGCAGAUAGCAGUAGGACACGACCGCGUCAUAUCUACCGACGUCCUUAUGAAGGAGGUGACGCCUCCUGUCUCAAGGCCAGACGUCGUUGUGGACAGCAUCAAAGCGGGGUCCGGCUUUCUUGAUGACGACGUAGGCCUACCGGACAGUUUUGCCAAAGGGGAGGCUGACGUCGCUGACGAUAGUGCCGACGACAAUGACGAUGACCUUUUCGGGUCUGACGGAGAGGACGCUGGAUCACCUCUGCAAUCUGUCGCAGGCCCAGCCGAUCUUGCUGACUUGCCCAAGGAUACCGAACACGAGGCUCAUUCCGAAAAGGGGCCUCAAUCUCAAUUUGCGCGCUUUGGCGACCAUCAGGAUGGUCUGUACGGAAUGGACAUGAUCACCGAAGACGACUUUGCCUUCUUUGAUGAGGUUGAUGAUGCCGAUACAGCUGCAGCUGCCGAUCUCUUGCCUGUAUCGGAUGCUGCCCUCAUUGAUAUGGGUGGGGACAGCGCAGUUGUCCUUCCUGACGAGAUCGAACACUCGGAUGCGCAACCUCCCCAUGCGCAGACUGAGACCGUCUCGGCAUAUGCUGACGGCAACGGAAUCGCAAGUGACCCGUCCUCAAUGCCCGGAUUUACACCUUCCAGCUUUACCGACAGCUCACCAGCCACGGGCCAUCCGAUGGACAGAACGCCGAGGACACCCACGAGCCCAUACUACGAAGUCGGUAGCAUCGUCGCCGGAGCUCAUGGGCGAGUGCCUCCAAGCAUGUACCCCGAAAUCCACGAGGCUUGGCAGAGGAACGAGAGAAACAGCGAAGCAUCUCCCGAUUUCGAGGGCGCCAUUGGACAAGGCGAGAUCGGAAUGGACACGGAACACUCCAAGAUGAACGCAUCAGCAGUCACACUACCGUCACACAAACGGCUGAGAGAUCUCGGAGACAAGUACACCUCUGGCAAGUUUGCGGUGCCGCAGAGUUUUGCAGCAGCUAUUGCAGGGGGGAGAAGGGCCCGAGACGCUCACAAUCGAGGAGGGGCGAUCGCAGUGGCCGAUCGAAAUGCUGAUUUGCAACAGGAGAUCAAGCAGCAGCAGCUGGAACAUCAUCUGGGUGGGCUGCCAGCUUUGCACAAGCUUCGCCUCAUGUCCCGUGUGGACGACAAUUCAUCAGAAGCUGGAACCAUCGAUGGGACUGCCAGCAACAUGAGCGAAGACGAUGACGAUGAGGACGACGACGAUCUGUCGGACCUUGAUGAGGAGGAGAAGGAAAUCGAAGCUCUGCGCAUGAGCCAGCUACAGCACCUUACUGGUUCAAUGACCUCGUCCAUGAGCAGAUUGGAUCGAUUGAUUCUGCGCACGUCGCUAGCGGAUGUCCCUGAAUUGGACGCGCCCGAACCACAAUUUCACGCUCAGAUCCAGGAGGAUCAGGCCUUCCACAACUUGAGAGAUGAGUGGUUGACCGAUUCCCUCUGGAAUCCCCACCUCUUGGCUCAGCUCACGCCAGAGACAGAGAUGCGCCCCACAUCUACGACUCUGAAGGCUAUGGAUUGUCGUGACAUACUCGACGUCUGCUCGGGCCUAUCUGCCAGUGUCGCGAUCUCCGAUCCACCCCACCACGUCGAGCGGAUUGAAGCACCUCGAGUCCUGGUCGGCUGUCAAGGCUCCUUGACCGAAUUCGAUGCCACUGUGCUUCGCUUCUGGGAUAAGCUUGGCCUAACCGGUGCGGGAGGAAGCCGAGACCUCUCAAUUCUCACGCUACACUGCGCCGCGAAGAGCGAAGGAUGGCGGGACGAGGCCCAUCUGUGGCUCGAGAGGCUGCGGCAUGCGUUCCAAUCACUCGGCCUCGGCAAGUGCGAUGUGAUGGACAGCGUGCUUCUCGGUUCUGAAGACGACGAUCUUGAAAGCAUCACGGCGCUAUCUCGCGAGCUCUACAGCAGGACUGACCUGCGAGAAGAGACGCUGCGGUCUCUCUUUUCCCGCGUGAAAGGUCGUCUGGGUCCCGAUCAGCAUGUGGUCGUUUACGCACUGGGCGACGGGAUCUCGGUGCCAGACUUGAUCAACAUCAAGUCUAUGGAGAGUGAUCUGAGAGCCAUCGGCAGAGAAGUGGUUGGCGACUUUGCGAAUCACAUUCAUGUGAGAUACACACCUUGGUCAAGCGCAGCGCUCAAAGGGUGGGCUCCUCCGAGCCGCAUCAACAGCAGUGCGAUUCAGAGACACGCGAUGGCUCUCUACGACAGCCUACGUGUCUGUUUCGAGCAUCAGCCGGUCAGAAUCCUGCACCCCACCCUCGCACGGCCAAAGCCAUUGAUGAUGCGGUUGCCAAGCUUCUUGCUAGUACCUCAUGGCGAAAGCAGUCGAUCAGCAGUGUCUUUUGCCCUUGGCGGCGUCGUCGAAGUUUGUUCUUCUGCGCCGAUGAAGACCAGGACGGAAGCCACGGCGAGGAUCCUCUUCCUACAUGCCGCUUACGAUCUCGGAUCUAAUGUGGGCGAUUUGGCCUGUGUCAGCGUCAUUGACGAAAGUGGUCAAGGUGGCAUCAUGAAAGCACGCCGCAGAGGAUCCGACCUCCGUGAAACGCUACGAUGGAUCUGGGGUGUCGUCUCAGACUAUGCAGAGGAAGCAUGUGUCCGCUGGAGGAUCGUCAUCUGUAAGACUUGCACAAUGAGCGCGCGCGAGCUUGCCGCCUGGCAAGAUCUCGGAGAGAGCGGAGUGCUCAGGAACGCACGGUGUGUCGACUAUACCUUGGCGUCCCGAGAUGUCAAAAAUCCGCUCUUGGUGAGAACGUCAACCGCUCAGGAGCCUCUCGUGCCGAGUACAGGUGGAUCAAGCAGUCUCCCAGCCGAGGGACGCUUCGUCGAUGCCUCGCAAGCAUCGUUCGCUAUCUACCCAACGUGCCGGGUGGUACCAUCCCCCGCACCUCCGCAAGAUGUCGUUGAGCUCAAUGAACGAUUCGGUUAUCGACGUACAAGGGAGAGCUUCACGCUGAGCACACGAAGCUCGGCUGUCGUUACAACUUUCCGCGGCCCGCAAGACUGUCGGAUCUCUGCCGCUGAGUCGUCAGUGAGGGCAGCCGAUCGAGGCAAAGGUAGCGCGGAGGGGACCCAUACUGCCUGGCUGCACAUCUACGAAGUUCGGUCCGGUCGUCUGUUCGACUGGUUAUCUAGAUCAACAGAGGUAGAAGAAUUUCUCUCGGAAAAGUUCUUCUCUGAUCACAUCCGGCAGGUGACACGGUCUCUGUUCGGCUUGCGAUUGCUUGCCCAAGAGCCCUGCGCACUGGAUCCUUCUGGUCUUUCACCUUGGCCUUUCGCUGCCAUUGAUCGAAUGCGGCCCGUGCUAGACAAGCUCGAUUUCGAAGGGCCGCCAACGGACAAGAAGGCGCCGCCCCCUAUCAGUCGCAUGCAGAGUUAUGCAAGCACCUCGACGCAGACUGUUCACAAGGAGGAGGUUGCAGGGUGAGGGAUGCUUCCGCCUUUUGUUAGGUUUGCGCUCAAAUGCGCCAUGUCUGUCUCUGUACACGUCUUUGUCCUUGCCAAUAUGUAUCAUUAGCAACGUGCUCAUCACAAUGGAGUAUGCCGAUAGUGGGCGCGAUAUGUAGU